UCGAGACUCAUCAGACCAGGCAAUGUUUUUCCAGCGUUCAGCUGUCCAAUUUUGGAUCCAUGGAUCUGUUGAUUGCCUUUCAGAGCUCUCCUCCUCACGCCUCAGCCAUCCAUUCAGCGGGACAAUCCGCCGCAGUUUCAGCACAUCAUCGGCCAUCGCCACCCCAAAGGAGACGAGCAGAAGAAGUCCUGUUACCAGAAGUCGUUCCAACCCUCACCGUCGACGCUGGAGCACCCUCAGCAGUGUUCCCGGGAGCACGGCAGUGUCCAGCCCCUUGCCCACCUCUGAAGGACAGGUCUGCCUCCAUGUGGGCAUGCAGGUCCUUCUCAGCAGUGCCAAUGAGAUGGCGUUCAUCCGUUACCUGGGCACAGCAGACUUUGCUCCGGGUCUUUGGCUGGGUCUGGAGCUCAGAAGCCCAAAGGGAAAGAAUGACGGCUCUGUGGGGGGGCGUCGUUACUUCACCUGUCGACCCGGCCACGGCGUGCUGGUCCGUCCCAGCAGAGUCACGUACCGUGGCAUCAACGGUUCUCGCUUGGUGAAUGAAAACAGCUGAGGACUGUAGGAACCAGAGUAGGGUGUGUUUUAUGAUUUUUUUCAAAGCAAAAGUUUUAAGUUUAAACUUCUUAUUAGCUUAUUCUUUUUGGUAUAGCACAUUUCUCAUUCAUAUAGUCCGUCCUCUGUACUCUUCCAGAGGUGGUGGAGUUAAAGUAAUAAAAUCACACAUUAAUAGUUCACAUUUAAACUGCUAGAUUUAGUUUUUGUUAAAAAACAAGGGCAAAGAAAGCACUUUAAAAAAGUAGCAUGAAAUUCUUAUUUGAAUUUGUCAUGGCAGGAUGCAGGGGGAAAGUCUUAAUAAGACAUUAAACACUGCACUACUUCUAAUCUGAUUGCACUGAGAAACAUCAAUACGAUGGAUCAGAAUAAGAUAACCUGGAUGGUGUCGAUGUACACACAGGAAAACUGUUUCUAUACCCCAAGCUAAUUUUGAUCAGAUCAAAUAAAGAUUUUUAUCAGAUAAUUUAGGUGGUAAUGUAGCCUACUCUCUAACCAAAAGGGUGCAUGUGUUUGUGAUUAUGUGCGCGUGUGUAUUAAUUAAGAGCACUUUGAGACAAGAGUGAUUUCUUUCCAGGGUCAUCAUAUGGCUUACAGAUAAUUGGAAGUUGAGUCAAAACUGUAUUUUCACUUUAUGAAUCAAUCUGAUUUAAUAGGGAUUUAAUUAAACCAAGACCUCUAUCAACCUCCAUCAGAAUACAGCUGCAUCAACAGAAGAUGUUUCCUCCUACUACAUCAGUCUCUGCCACAGAUGGUGUAAUAAACCUACAUCGAUAAAUAAUGGUUAUAUUGGACAGCAAAAAACAUACAUUUUGCUCCUUUGGCUAUGAUUCAGUUAUGCAUAGACGCAUUACGCAGACUGUUAACAUUGUUGAGGCAGUGAUAUUUAGCUAAACUGUCACUUAAAUAACAAAUUGAAGGUUCCCUUGAUAAAUAUCUUAACUUCAGCUGGGAACAUCCUGACUUGUGUUCCUCCUGACUGCGCAUCAGAGCUCUCACAACAAUGUCCGUUUUUACAAACUGAAUUUGGAAAAAAUCAGUUUGUAAUGUAAUAUCAAACGUGAUGACCUUUCGGUACAGUAUGGUGUCAUUACAUUUGUUGAAGACCCCAUUUCAGAGCAUUGCGUGUGGCAUAACUGUAUUUGACGCUUAAUUAAAGCAGCAUCAUCAGAAGUUUCAAGGAUAGUUUGCUAUUUGAUUAGAGCUGUCUGGGCAACCCAGCAGAGAACAAGCCAUCGAUUGUGCAUGUGGAAAACAGGCCCACUGCUCAGUAAAACACUCAUGUACCAUCCAAUUAGGGCGUGUAGGCCACAACAGUAGCUGUAGAAUCUCCAAUGGCCUUCUCUCAUUGAUCUGUCUGGUCAGGCCCCCUAUGAUUGAAAAGCAGCAGUGGUCAGGGCCCAUGGUUGUCUGAAAUAUCUGACACAGAUGAAACGAGUGAGCGUUUUAAAAAUGCAGUCUUUCCGAAUUCCUAUUGAAACAUUUUAAACACUUUAUUUAAAAAAAAUAUGCUUAUUUGCAUAAAGGCCAUCUAUGUGAUCAUUUUAUAUGGCAUUUGUUAGUGUUCCACAUUUCAAAUCUUAUCUUUGAUAAAUUAAAUCUGCAAUCCCAAUUGCAUUACAGCAUGAGUGAUUUCAAAUUCCACUGAUGGAUAUGAAAGUUUUUGGCGCUUUGUUGGUGUGGGUAAUAGAUUGUUUUGUUUCUUUUCAUGAUAUUUCUGAUGUGUAUAUUUGAAGUGUGUGUGAGAGAGACAGGGAUUUGGACUAAUGCAUUUACAUGUUGUGGAAAAUAACAGUAUUUGUAAAAAAGGAAAUAAAAUAUUCUAUUCUAAUUUGA